AUGAGCACCUUUGGUCUUGCCCUUCUGCCGCUAUGCAGUCUUGUUGUUGCAUCUCCUGUAGCUGAUCAACUACAAAGCGUGGACAUUCCCAACCCACCUGCAUCGGAUCUUAAGAUACCGCCCAAGCAGAUUUCGUUCACCACAUGUCUGGAUAACCCCUUCCCCAACGGCAUUCCAACUCAGCUAGGCAAAUGGGAUGGGAAAUUUCCGCCCGACGACCGCUUCCGCACCAUGCGAAGCAGUGGUGGCUACCUCUAUUACGAGAAGGACUCCAGAUGCAGUGAUACUGAAAAGAAUAUUCUCGAGACAGCUCUAUGGGAGGCGGCGACGCUUGCUUCAUAUUCGUCCAACCUCCCAAAUAACGGGGCGGGCUCCAGAGGCUCUGCGUCAGCCUUGUGCAAAGAAUCAUGCAAAUUCUCACCGAUUACCUUAACUGGAACUUAUCAAAGCCCCUCGUCUUUCUCAAGCUCAAUUCCUCCUGGGAGCAGUGGAAUCAGGUACCCAGUGUCAGUCAAACCUGGAGUUAGCCCGCGUCCUUCUCCCCCUCCCAAGACUACUGUUAGCUUAUCGAGCUCUGUUUCUCUAGGAACAGAGCAUACUUCGUCUGAACUUUUUGGUAAAGUGGGAGAUACUCUUUCCCCGGGGCCCGUCACCGUGGGCUCAAAAACUGGUAUCUAUGGUCUGACCACUUUCAUUCCGAUCAUCUCUGGCGGACCGAUUAUAUCCCCGUCAGCUACUUCCAAUCCUACACUGGAAAUCAUUGCACCAACAAGUACGGAGGCUCAGUCGAGUAUUAGCCACCUGUCAGUGGAACUUGUUGGCCUUAUUCGCAAGAUUAACUCGUGGGUCGAGCAUCCUGACGUCCCCGAGGCUACAGGCGUUAUUCAUGCUAUCGAGAAUAUUCACCCGGAUAUUGAGGGCCUCCUCAGCAAGCUCGAACCCGAACCGGGCUCAAGAAGCUGUAAGAGCACGAGCAGGAAACGAAUUAAGAGAGACCUCUCUAGCCGCAGCGCUUUCCUGUCCUUGUUUGAUCUCGUGGAUAACACCCUUUGUUCGGUAAAUGAUAUCAAAAACAAUGUCAGGGACAACAUUCUGAACGACGUGAAAUCGAACCUCAAGGACCUUCAGAAUGCGGUUGACAACCUUCCUCAAGAUAAGCCCAGAUAA